CCUCAACCUGGGAACAUGAAGGGCUUAUCGGGCAGCCGUGGCCAGCAUCAUCAGCUCCCCUUGCCCCACUCCCCGUGUGGCCUGGUGGAGUUUGAUCGACCUCAUGACAUUCAUGGUGUUCACUCGUCUGACAUACGUCACACCUACCUGCUUAGCCCAACAGAAAGCUGUGCCAUGGACUACCAGCACCACCAGCGCUACUCUCCUCGUAGCUCCAUCCACUCCGACUGCAUGAUGCUUUCACCAACAGUGCUGCAACCCACUGGAACUGCCGACCACAUCUCCAGCAGCACAUUUCCAAGAAUGCACUAUGGUUCCCAGUACUAUGACUCAGCCUCCCGAGAUGACUGUGCUACCAUCACCACAUCAGCCACUUCUGCUGCUGUUGCCUCAUCAUUUCCCUCUCAUCAUGCUGUUAGCAAGAGCAAUCGCAUUCCUGCCAACCUCCUGGAUCAAUUUGAGAAGCAGCUUCCAGUGCACCGCGAUGGUUUCCACACAUUGCAGUACCAGCGUACUUCCGCUUCUGAGCAGCGCAGUGAGAGUCCUGGACGAAUUCGCCAUCUGGUGCACUCUGUCCAGAAGCUCUUCACCAAAUCCCACUCCCUGGAGGGCUCAUCCAAAAUGAAUGGUGCUAAAGGGGAAGGUGGGGCCCACCACCACCACAGUGGCCACCACUCAUCCAAACAUGGGAUCAAACGAAGCAAGAGCAAGGAACGCAAGCAUCGCUCAGGCAGCUGGUGGAGCUCUGACGAUAACCUGGACAGUGACGGCACUUUCCGCACUCCUAGUGGUAUGACCCGGCAUCACACAGGUCAUUGUAUCUCUGAAUCUGUACGCCCUCACUUUGGUGACCACUCUCUCAAAACCUCCAAGAGCAGCAAUGAUGUUAAGUGCUCAGCCUGUGAGAGCCUUUCCAUGCCACCAGAAGGAAAGUUCAUGAAAAGGAGCUCCUGGUCCACGCUUACUGUCAGCCAGGCCAAAGAAGCAUACCGAAAAUCCUCCCUCAACUUGGACAAGCCCACAGUCCAUCAGGAUCUAAAAUCCUCACUACGCGCCAGUCAUUAUCUGCAGGUGCCUCAGGAUGAGUGGAGUGGUUACCCAGGAAUUGAGAAAGAUGAGGAGAUCCCAUGUCGGCGGAUGCGCAGCAGCAGUUAUGUGAAAGCUAUGGGGGAUGAUGAGAGUGGUGAUUCAGACACCACUCCCAAAGUGUCGCCUCAAAAAUCUGUCCGCCCAGAUGCCCUCAUCCUCAAAUCCGCCAUCCACAGACCUCAUAUAGACAGCCAAAGCCAAGGCUACCACUUGCAAACAACGAGAGAUUUGCGUCCCCAUCCCAGUGUGUCUCUGGACCCAGCGGCCUCCUACCACCCUCCCCAAUACCGCUCUCGCAACCAGAGCUACAUGCGCGCGGUCAGCACCCUCAGUCAGGCAAGCUGCCUCAGCCAGGUGAGUGAGACUGAGGUCAAUGGCCAGUAUGAGUCUGUUUGCGAGUCCGUUUUUAGUGAAGUAGAGUCCCAGGCCACGGAGGCCCUGGACCUUCCUGGCGCUUUCCGCACUCGAAGCCACAGUUACCUGCGUGCAAUUCAGGCUGGGUAUUCCCAAGAUGACGACUGCUUGCCUUCAAUGACAUCCUCCACUGUCACUUCAACUCUCAGAUCCACAACAGCAGUGACAUUCACUCCGAGCUAUAAGAAAACCCCUCCUCCAGUUCCUCCACGCAGUGUAACAAAGCCACUGAUCUCAGUCACAGCUCAGAGCAGCACAGAGUCCAUGCAGGAUGUAUAUCAAGAAGGACGUUUACCCCGCUUGCCCCGCAGCAGGGAUGUCUGGGGGAAAUAUGUCUCCACAGAGAGCUUGGACAGUGCCAAGGCUCUCACGCUGGCCACAGAGGGCAGACGGCUGGUAUCCACAGGCAGCUAUACAUCAGUGCAGACCUGUGAUAAGGCCGUGCUCGUGUCAAAGGCAGAGGAAUACCUAAAAACACCACGUUCAUCUAUAGGAAUACAGGUGGAAGCAGUCACAGACUCAGAAGCAGAGACUAAAGGUCUGCCACAGUAUCAGUCAGUGGGCAUCCAGGUGGAGGGGGAGAAACGCUAUGGACGUUUUAAGCGCUCAAACAGUGUGACAGCAGCAGUGCAGGCCGAUGUAGAACAUGAGCUGUUCCGAUCAGUGGAAGAUAAGGUAGUGCAGUUUGGUGGCUUUCAGAGGCACUCAGAGCCAAGCUCCCCUGCGCAAUACAGCGCCACACGCACUGUGCGUACACAGGGCAUCUUCACCUACCGAGAUGAUUACAGAGCCCCAAGUGGGCCACCAAGCCCACGCGCCACAGCCUGGGUCGAGGAAACCGAAGAAACAGAAACAGGCCGGAUGUCACCAGCACGCGCUGAUGGCAGCUGGUACAUGCAACUUCUGCACAACGAGACCAAGCGCAUGGAGGCCUGGUGUAAAGAGAUGGAGCGUGAGGCUGAGGAGCAUGAGCUUUCUGAAGAGAUUUUAGGAAAGAUCCGGAGUGCUGUUGGAAGUGCACAACUCCUCAUGUCACAGAAAUUUCAGCAAUUUUACUGGCUUUGCGAGCAAAACCUGGACCCGAGCGCAAUGCCCCGACCCACAGCUCAAGAUCUGGCUGGAUUCUGGGAUCUGCUGCAGCUCUCUGUUGAUGACGUCACAGCCAAAUUUGAUGAGUUACAGAAGAUCAAGAGAAAUGAGUGGAGAACUGUGGAGGAACCGGAAGAGAAGGCCAGUAGGAAGUGGCCCCCAACGGUGAAAAGACCACCUAAAGGGCGUGGCGCCGGAUUGACACGUGACCGGUCUCUGGAUCUGCAGGACCGACAGAGGCAGGAGGCUCGACGCAGGCUCAUGGCCGCCAAACGAGCUGCUUCAUUUCGCCAAAGCUCAGUCUCGGAGAGGGCGGAUAGUAUAGAGAUUUAUAUACCGGAAGCCCAGACGCGACUAUGA